AUGCCAAGCUAUUUUUAAAGCCACAUAUCAAUCAAUUUUUAAAAGCCACUAAAACAAUUUUAAAAGCCACCAAUUUUCUAACAAAGCCACUAACAAUUUUUACUUAAAUCAGUAAUUUUACAUUUUUAAAAGAAGCGAAACUACCUAACAAGAUCAAUUUUUACAAGAAAAAACUAUUCGAUAAAGCCAAUAAGCUAUUUUAAAAGCAUUCACAAUUUUACUAAAAAAUUUUUCAGACUAACAAACUAUUUUUAAAAUGCCAUAAAUUUUCAUAAUAAAGCCAUUCAAUUUUCUUAAAAAUGCCAUAAUUAAUUUUAAACAAUAUUUUUAAAGUCCUCUGCCAUAUAAAAAUAAAUAAAAAUAAUUAAAUAAACGAAAAUAUCAAGAGAAAUUUAUAAAGAAUAAAAAUCAAUUAAAAAACUACUCAAAGUUAAAUAAAAAUAAAAAUUGUUGCCUACUUUUAAUACCUAAAAAUAAAAAAUAUGGAAUUGA